UUCAAGCGCGGUUUUUAUAUGUGUUUUGUAGGUUAAUAAUUGCUUUUUUGGAUUUAAUUUAAAGAUUGUUAAUUUGUGAUAUGGUAAAUAGUCUGAAUACCAAGGUUAUUUAAUGUUUUACUUGAAAAUAGUGUGGGGAUGAUGUAUUAUCUUUUAUCAAAUGGACAGACGACAUGGAUAUAAAUGAGCUGCUAAUAACAUCUUCGGUUUCAUCCGAAUCAUCUGCUUGUUUAUGGGAUUACAAUACAUUGAAUGUGCGUAAAUUGUUCAAAAAUGGGGGUGUGUUAACUUCAAAAGGUUUAGAAGUUGUUGGACAAGACUACAUACUUGGUUCGGAGUUAGGAAAACCAAUCUUACAUGUUUGGCCAUUGAACAGUCAAGAAUGCUCCAAAAAUACAAGGCUAAUUUUGCCUGAAGUGGCCACAUGCCUAGCUCUUUGUCCGAGAAAUAUAUACUUCGCAGCAGGUAUUAAUUGCAAGGUAUACGUUUGGCAGUUAACAUCUGGAAAACUACUAUCCGUUCAUCAAAAAAACUACCAACCAGUAACCAUCAUAAAAUUUUCGAGUGAUGGUGAUUACUUGCUAAUAGCUGGCCAAGAUGGAAUGCUCGUAGUCUAUAACUUUGCCGAAUUGGUUAAUUUAUCAAAUAGUUUUUUAACACAAACUGAUAUUGGACAAGUUGAACCAAUUUACAUAAAAAAUGAUCACUCAAUGCCGAUAACAGAUCUUCAUGUAGGCUCUUUUGGAAGAAAGUCCCAGUUUGCGACCGUAUCCAGUGAUCAGACAUGUAGAAUUUAUAAUUUAGCCGACGGUGAGGCACUUCUAACAUUAAUAUUCAAUGAAGUGUUGACUGCCACUGUUUUUGAUGCACCUUGUUGGCAGUUAUUUGUGGGUAAUAAUAAUGGAUCCAUCCAUCAGUUCAGUUUAAAAAAUCCUCCAAGGAAACUUUACCAUCACAUUGAAGGAAAGAGCAGCUUAGUUUUUGGAGGCCCCAAAGGAAAAGUUGUAUGUUUGGCAAUAAAUAUUACCAAUACUGUUUUAGCUUCCGGCAGUAACAAUAAUUUAGUGUGUAUAUGGGAGAUAAAAAGUCGACAGAUAAUGAAACGAAUUGAACACAAAGGUUCUAUAACUAACAUUAAGUUCGUAUUAGGCUAUCAUAACUUUUUUUCAGAGAAAUUGAAGCCUUGUGCGAUUUUAAAGAGUUUAGAAAGGAGUAUUAAUUUGUCUGAUACUAAGUUUACAUUAUCACAAAUGCAAGUAUGUGAUUUAAAUUUCGAUGAUGAUGAAAAAUCAUUGGAAAGGGAACAUUCUUAUAAGAAUUUAUCAAAAGAGAAUAUGAAGUUGCGUUGUAUAAAUAGGCAGUUGUACAAUGCAGCUUUAGAAAUAAGCAAAAAAUAUAACUCGGUUUGAAUAAUUUUUAGGGUGAAAUUUGUAAAAUGGCUUAUUUGUAAUUAUUUCUUAAUUAUCUUUGAAAUUUGUUAAAGUUCAAAAAAUACUUCCUUUAAAAACAGUUUUGUAAAUAUCUGUGGCAUAUGUAGUAUGUAGUACAGUAUUUUCCUAAGUUCUAGGUUUUCCUUUUUUUAUGUAAAGAUAUUUUGUAAGUUUUGCAUAAAAUUUUUAAAAUAAUGAGUUUUAUAUCCAGAAGCAAUUAUCUUUAGUAGUAAAAUGAAGUAAAUGUUCAAAAUCAUUUUGUGGUAAUGCAUGUUUAAGAUAAAUUUCGUCUUAUUUAUGUAACAAUAUGAAUACUUCUAAUUGCAAGGAUUACCUUGAUUAGAUUGGCCAAUUGCCCCAAUGAAUGAUGCCAACCUUCCUUCCGCUUUUUGAUUUCUGCAUCGAUAUUGUCCAGUUCAACGGAUGUUGUGUUUUGCUUUGUUUAGAAUUUAAACGACUGACUUUUUAUAAGCUUUUAUUGUUCGAUGAUUGCCUGGUGAAAAGCGAAGUACACUACGCUGUCUGCUUAUAUACUGACUCGACUGUCGCCGAUCUAACGCUUGCCUUUUCCUCUCCUCUCUCCGGACAACCUUCGACUUCCU